AUGCGGUGUGCUGGUUGCUGCCGUGUGGUGGUUUCGGCCGCGGCGACAACUGCCAUUGUCUCUGCUGCGCCCUUCUGCCUCCGCCGCGGGGUGUCUACCGACGGCCGCGCCACGGUGGCACCGCCGAACACCGGCCUGCAGGCAAUGCUUCAACAGCUACGGCGUCGCUUUCAUCGGGACGCACCCGGGGCGAACGAUGCGGCGGCUGAGAAGCUGGGGGAGGCGGCCGUGGAGUCCCGUCCACGGGCCCCGGCAUUGCGGCAGAUAAUUACUGAGUGCGAGGAGAUGUGUGACGCGGAAAGGCCUGUGGUCUGCUCCAUGGCGGAGUGGUCGGAGGCGGUGCAUCUGCUUCUUUACGCCAUGGCACGGGCAGGAAGAGAAGCUGUGGACGACGGCGUGACGACGCGGGAGACGUCGACGCCAUGGUGUGUUGCUCUCCGCCUGUUUCUUCACUCACCCCCAGCUCAAGGUGCAUCCGACGCUGAAAAACCGUUUGCACACUCCUUAGCUUCCGGCGUGAGUUUGCUGCGGUGUUGCGUGCGGCAUGGUGCGCCGUUGCAUGUCGGCCGUGCGGUGUACCAGACGCUGCGAUCGUCUGUUUCCGUGACGUCAGAGACGCCACUCACCGGUUGGCAUGUGCCGUACGCACGGUUUUUGCUUCUGAAGGCCGCAGAGGAAGAGGAAGCGGUGGCGACUGUGCCGCUUGCUCUUCAUAAGGAGGCCCUACGAGUGUUACUGCUGGACGCUGCCGAGGAUGGUGAGAUGCUGCAGCCUGCUGGCCUACUCCUGUCACUUGAGGUGCUGCGCCGCCUAGUCACGUGGGGAGGUGCAGCAGGGGAGAACGACAACAUGCAACACAAAGUGGGAGCAAGUGGGGUGGAGGAUGCACUCUGGUGUCGCCUGCAGCGCGGCGCAGACAUUGUGGUGGUUGCCCGUGAUGUGUGCUGCUGCGUGCUGCGCAACCGACACGCUUCGCAUGCGAUGAAGCGGGAGGCCUUUUGUCGGUUCAUCGCCGUGGGUAUGCGGCUUUCGCUGGAGGAGCUGCACCCGUUUCUUUGCAGUGUGCACCGCAACGAUGGGCCGGCGACCGCACACAAGAAAACAGCGUUGCCGUUUUUGCUUGAGACGCUCCAGGCAGUUACAGAGAUCCUGAGUGGUGUUGUCGCUGAUGUCGAGGCGGUGGGUGACGUUUUGGCGGAGCCGUCAGAGGGCGCCACGCCUUCACGCUCCCCGGCGACUCCGUGUUUUGCGUCAGUGUGGCUGGUUGAUCACAUUCUGCAGGGAUUGGCGUCUUUGCAGCGGCAGGCAAUCACUGCAGACGGCGCGAAGGAGAGUCGGCGUUGUGCCGUGGAGGCAUGGACCAGGUGCACGCGAGCUGCGUUGCGAUGCCUGCAGCGUGUUCUUCUGCACCUGCCGGACGGGCGGUGUAAGUCACUACGGCGUCAACAGCGCGAACAACAGCACGCGAGGCAGCAGGCGUUCUGCAUGUUAUUUCACGCCGCGCUCAACGGUGUAUUUCACUCUCUUGCGGAGUCCGAGUCUCCUGCACUUGCGCAGCCCCAGUUUUUAGACGUCGUGUCGACCCUCAUGCAGGCCUACCGCGAGCAUGACUGGCGUUGGCCUUCCGUGGACGUCUGCAUUGAAUGUUUGCAUGCGUGGCGCCGACACAGCGUCCUGCGGCGCGUGUUUUGCGAGGCGCAGCGCAGGGACGAAAGGAGGUGGCACGCUGAGCGGCGGCGUAACGGCAACAGCGCCUGUCCCGUGAACGACCUGUCGACUAUCCCCACGCCGAUGGCGUCCGUCGCUGCGUCUCUCAACAUGUUGUGUAGUGGUGCACUCCGCGUGUCAGCACGAUGA